GCCCACAGCCAGUCAGCCACAGCUAGCAGGAGGCAGCCAGAGCCAGCCAGCCACUCAGUCGGUGUGCAGCAGCGGUUGCGCGAGGUCGGAAGACAGCAGUGUUCUGCCUUGCCUCCCGCCGUGUGUGCGUGUGCCGGGGCGGGGGGAGAGGGGCGGCCAGCCAGACCCAGUAAGCAGCACGCCUCUGUGUGUGCCCGUACUCCUGCCCACCGCGGGGCCGUGUGCCGCACGUGUGAUACAGCCAGGAAGAACAACAGUGAUAAUUAAUUGUACGUGUGGUAGUGCAACUUGAACGCGCGGCACGGGUGUUGGAGCCAAGGCGGUGCCAUUAUUUAGGCAUGACCUCGUAGGGCGAAGUGCUGGUCCGCGAUCCUACAAAGUGUGCGGUGCUUGCGUGGGUGUGCGUGCUGUGGCUGUGCCUCGCGAUGUGCUGUCCACUAAUUUUGUGAUUCUAGUCAUUUGUGGUUUGCUACACAACACCGCCACUGCCAACUACGCAACCCUCUUCAUUGUUACCGUCACCCGUUUGUUCCCCAUACACCUCCGACAUGGAUGAGUCGAUGAUGGCGGACGUGGAUCCAGAGACGCUGCUGGAAUGGCUGCAAAUGGGCCAGGGAGAGGAGCGGGACAUGCAGCUGAUCGCCCUCGAGCAGCUCUGUAUGCUGCUGCUCAUGUCCGACAAUGUGGACCGCUGCUUCGAGAGCUGCCCUCCACGGACCUUCUUGCCUGCCCUGUGCCGCAUCUUCCUGGACGAGUGUGCGCCCGACAAUGUCCUGGAGGUGACGGCCCGUGCCAUCACCUACUACCUGGACGUGUCAGCGGAGUGCACACGCCGCAUCACCACCGUCGAGGGCGCCAUCAAGGCCAUGUGCAAUCGCCUGGUGGUGGCCGAUGUCACCUCCCGCACGAGCAAGGAUCUGGCGGAGCAGUGCAUCAAGGUGUUGGAGCUGAUCUGUACCCGAGAGGCUGGUGCAGUGUUUGAAGCGGGUGGCCUCAACUGUGUGCUGUCCUUCAUCCGGGACAAUGGCCACCUGGUGCAUAAAGACACUCUCCACUCCGCCAUGCACCUCGUGUCCCGCCUCUGUGGUAAGAUGGAGCCUGCUGAUUCAGGCUUGGCACCGUGUGUGGAAUCUCUCUCAACCCUGCUCAGACACGAGGACCAGCAUGUUGCUGAUGGAGCGCUGCGCUGCUUCGCCAGUCUGGCCGAUCGCUUCACUCGCCGUGCACAGGACCCAGCCCCUCUGGCCCAACACUGCCUCGUCACCCACCUGCUGGCACGCCUGGCAGGUGCAGCCCCCCAGCCUGCCCCAGGUGCUGCUGCUGCCGCUCCCGGUGCCCCAUCAGCAACCCCAGAAAACUCUAAACAGUCUGCAUCGGUUUCCACUGUGAUCUCUCUCCUCUCUACCCUGUGCCGAGGAUCCCCGAGUAUUACCCAUAAUUUGUUGAGAUCUGAACUGCCUGACGCCAUCGAGAAGGCCCUGCAGGGGGAUGAGCGCUGCGUGCUGGACACCAUGCGCCUGGUAGAUCUGCUUCUGGUGCUACUCUUUGAGGGGCGGAAGGCCUUGCCCAAGUCUGGGAUGAGUGCUGUGGCAGGCAGACUCCCGGGUCUCAGGAGGAUGGACAGUCCAGGGGAGAAGACUCAUCGCCAACUCAUUGAUUGUAUCAGAAGUAAAGACACUGAUGCCCUAAUAGAUGCCAUCGACAGCGGGGGGAUAGAAGUGAAUUUCAUGGAUGAUGUGGGCCAAACACUUCUCAACUGGGCAUCUGCAUUUGGCACUCAGGAAAUGGUAGAAUUUCUGUGCGAGAGAGGAGCAGAUGUCAACAAAGGACAGAGAUCCUCCUCGCUGCAUUAUGCAGCUUGCUUUGGGCGACCCCAGAUAGCCAAGGUGCUGCUGCGGCACGGUGCUAACCCUGACCUGAGGGACGAAGACGGCAAGACUCCCCUGGACAAGGCACGGGAGAGGAAUGAUGAAGGCCACAGAGAAGUGGCAGCUAUUCUGCAGAGUCCUGCUGAGUGGCUGGUGGUGUCAGAGAAUAAAGAAGGAAAGAAGACAACAGAGGAAGGUAAUACUUUAAAUACUGAGGAUACAGAAGUGGGUGAGCCACGAGGUGACGUGGAAAUGGCUCCAGUGUACUUGAGUCGCCUGCUCCCCGUGUUCUGCCACACCUUCCAGGCUACCAUGGUACACACGGUGCGCAAGGCUUCCCUCAGUAUACUGCGGAAGAUGGUACACUACAUCCCGGCUCCUCUCCUCCACCAGGUGUGUGGUGGUGAGGACGCGGCCAUCACCAGCACCACAAACAGCAGCAGCACUGCCGCCAACACUCUGCUGGGCUCUCAGCUGGUGGAGGUUAUUGCCUUAGUCCUUGGUAAUGAAGAGGAUGAAGAUGGUCACCUAGUAGCCUUACAAAUGGUAGAUGACCUGCUGAGUAAGGCUGCGCCCCUGCUGCUGGAGCACUGUGCCCGGCUGGGGGUCAUCAGCAAGGUGGGCACACUGGCUGGUCCAUCAGACCCACCCAUAGAAGAAUACACUACCAUCAAAGGGAAAGAUGAACAGCAGGAUGGUGAUGACCCAGGUAUGGAGGAUGCAAAGGAGGUUGUCCCCGGCAAGGCCUACCACUGGCGGGACUGGUGCGUGGCGCGGGGCCGGGACUGCCUCUACAUCUGGAGCGACGCUGCAGCCCUUGAGCUGUCCAACGGGUCUAACGGCUGGUUCCGCUUCAUCCUGGAUGGCAAACUGGCAACCAUGUAUUCCUCAGGUAGCCCUGAAGGAGGCUCAGAAAGUACAGAAAACCGCAGUGAAUUCUUAGAGAAACUGCAAAGAGCAAAGUCUGCCGUGAGACCCGGCAGUCCUAGUCAGCCUGUCCUUUCAGCGCCAGGUCCAGCACGGCUAGUCAUUGGGAAUUGGUCACUUCAGUGCAAAAAGGAAGGUGAACUCCACAUCCAUAACUCUGAUGGGCAGCAGCAGGCAACCAUUCUCCGGGAGGACCUGCCAGGGUUCAUCUUUGAAAGUAACCGCAACACCAAGCACUCCUUCACCGCCGAGACCUCUCUUGGCCCUGAGUUCCAUGCUGGGUGGACUGGCAGGCGAGGGAAGAGGUUCAGGUCAAAGGUGGAAGCCAUGAAGCAAAAGGUGAAAGGCUUGGCUCGAGACAUAUAUGAAAAAUACUUCAAGGCGGCACAGACCCAACCCCGAGGUGUUGUUGCAAAGCUCGGCAAUAUUGUGGCACAGAUUGAACGAGCGUGCCAGAAACAGAUGAGCAACAAAGGCAGCAGUGAAUGGUGUGAGAUUCUGCGAACAGCUGUGGAGGAUCUGGUCACAAUCCUGCAUGAGGAGAGCACAGUGUCUGCCUAUGAGCUCCACUCCUCUGGGCUGGUGCAGGCACUACUCACCCUGCUCAGCCCGGACACCACCCACCACCUCCAUGACGACAACAGACAGAUGUCCCAGAGGAGGGUCAACAAGAUGAUCAAGCAGCGGCGAAAUGUCUUCAAGAGAUGUUUCAUGGAUAAAGUCGAUGAAGAAAUGGCUUCCACCAGCUCCUCAGUGAGUCCUGGCACUCAGUUGGUUCGCAAGUUGGUGUCGGUAUUGGAGGGCGCCGAGAAGCUGCCACUCUACGUGUACGACAUCCCCGGGGCGGGUUCAGGCCUGCAGGUGCUCAGCAGACGUCUUCGUUUCAGGCUGGAAAGAGCCCCAGGAGAGAGUUCCCUGAUUGAUAGAAAUGGAAGAACAUUAAAGAUGGAGCCACUUGCUACAGUGGAGCAGUUGGAGAGGUACCUGCUCAAGAUGGUGGCCAAGCAGUGGUAUGAUUUUGACCGUUCUUCAUUCGUCUUUGUAAAAAAAUUGAAAGAAGGACAGCGAGUGACUUUCAAGAACAGCAGAGAGUUUGAUGAGAAUGGGAUCAUCUACUGGAUAGGAACAAAUGCCAAAACUGCAUAUGAAUGGGUGAAUCCGGCUUCUGUUGGGCUUGUUGUUGUCACGUCUAGUGAGGGUCGCAACCUCCCCUAUGGCCGGCUGGAAGACAUCCUGAGCCGUGACGCCUCAGCCCUCAACUGCCACACCAAUGAUGAUAAGCGAGCUUGGUUUGCCAUUGACCUUGGAAUUUGGUUCCUCCCAACUGCAUACACUCUUAGACAUGCUCGUGGCUAUGGCAGAUCAGCCCUCAGAAACUGGUUGUUCCAGGUGUCUAAAGAUGGUGUGAGCUGGACCACCUUGUACACCCAUGUGGAUGACUGUUCCCUUAAUGAGCCCGGCAGCACCCACACAUGGACCAUUCAGCCUCCUCCUGACGAGAAGACUGGUUGGAGGCACGUACGCAUCCAACAAACCGGGAAGAAUGCAUCUGGCCAGACCCACUACUUGUCACUGUCAGGGCUGGAGCUGUACGGUGUGGUCACUGGUGUCUGUGAAGAUCUGGGCCGAGCAGCCAAAGAGGCUGAAGCAAAUCUCAGGAGGCAGCGACGAUUAGUGAAGUCACAGAUGGUAAAGUACAUGGUGGUGGGGGCACGUGUGGUACGAGGCCUAGACUGGAAGUGGAGGGACCAGGACGGCAACCCCCCCAGUGAAGGGACCAUCACAGGAGAGCUGCACAAUGGCUGGAUUGAUGUAACCUGGGACCACGGAGCGUCCAAUAGCUACCGAAUGGGAGCUGAGGGGAAGUAUGAUCUGAAGCUGGCACCAGGAUAUGACCCUGAGUCACCUCAGGUGGCCAAUGUCACCAGCACAGUCACCAGCUCCACCAGUAAUGCAGCGGCCACAUCUGCACCCCCGUCCUCAGUCACCACUAUUUCUACGGCUGUCAGAUCUACUAAGUGUUUACCCCAGCUGCAUGUGGCUGGUCAACUGACUAAUGCAGAAAGUGAGAGGCUCCUGAGACAAGGGCAUGGCCCACCAACUUGCUAUCGGACAAACCUUCAAUAUUGUGGACUAUUGUCUGAUAUAUCAAGGGUUGUGAGCACAGAUGUGACACAGGGAACCAGCGUGCUGACCAGCCGUAAGUGCAGCUCCACACCCUCACUACCUCAAGCCACAACAGAAAUUCAUAAACACUCAGUUGCAGCCUCAGAACAAGCAGCAUCAGAUGAUAAUCUUACUGCCAAAGCUGCUGAGACUGUUGCAGAAAAUGUGUUGAGUGUGGCCAGCGCAGAGGCCCUGCUGAGCGUUGAGAGCAGUGGGCGAGAUAAAGGGUCUGAAUUAACAUCUUUAGUACAGUCCCUCAGCCUUAACGACCGUGAUCUCACCACUGAUUUCUCCGAUGCUAUGUCCUCUUUGGAGUCUGUGCUCAAUACCUCUGAAAUCAAAUCUGGUACGGGUGAUAUGAAUGAGGCUUUGACUGUGAUGGAUGUGGGAUUACACCCUGUGGCAGACAGCAAAUCUGGGUCUGUGGGCCAAGUUGGGAAUUGUCCAUCUGUGACAGUUAAUGAAGAAAAGUUUGGUGAUAUCAGCAGUAUAGGGAUAAGUGGCAGUGUGAGCAGCAGCAGCAGUAUUGGGGGCUUCACCAGCAGCAGCAGGAAGCGUUGCGGGGGUGUAGUGAUGGGUGAGGGUAAGAGGGACUGCACUGGCCGUUCCACCAUGUCCUCACAGCCCAUGAGUGUUAGUGUGCCCAACCUGACCAGUGCUGACUCUGAGCCAUUGACACACAGUCUACUGGAGACCUUUGCUCAGGUGGCCAGGAGACGGGGGGGGUCAGCUACCAUGCCAACGGCCUCUGGGGUGUGUGGUACAGGGGGGAUGACUCCCCAUUCUCCUAACGUGCCUGCUAGUGUCAGUAAUGUACGCACAGGGCUGGGUCAACUGAUAGGUGGGCCACCUCCAAGCCUGGCCCACCCAGUGUUCUCGCCCUCCACCCACUCCAUGUCCAGUCUGGUCCGUCUGGCCCUCUCCUCACACUUCCACCUUCCAGGACCUGGUCCAUUGAGCACAGCCCAGAGCUACCCAACCCUCACCUCAGGCACAACAUCAACCACUUCCACCACAGCCACAGGAGUUGCUGCCACCUCGACACCAAACCAACCCUCCACAAACCUCUCUUCCUUCCCUCACGGCCUCACGAUGAGUCUUACCUCCACAUCAAGUGACUCUGAGCAGGUCAGUCUUGAGGAUUUCCUGGAGAGUUGUCGGGCAAGUACUCUCUUGGCUGAACUGACUGAUGAUGAGCUUCCUGACCCAGACGAGGAUGAGAAUGAUGAUGACGAUAAUGAUGAAGAUGAUGAAGACUAUGAAGAGGAGGAGGAGUGCUAUGAAGUAACACAGGUACGAAAUGGAAAGAGAAGAGGAUGGGAUGAUGAUUUUGUUAUCAAGCGGCAGUUCCCAGCACUCAUUCCUGCGUUUGACCCCAGACCAGGUCGCACCAAUGUCAACCAGACUCAGGAUCUGGAGAUUCCAGCACCAGGCAGUGAAGAUCAGCUGUGUGACACACCAAGUGAGGUUGUGAGUGGACCGCGCCUUACCCUUACCCUGCGUGGCCCCAACCUGCCUGGUAUUCCUGAUGUCGAUGUCCCAAUUACUAAGAAGAGCUCCACUAUUUUCACUGCCGUCCAAACCUUAGUUCAUGCUGCAAACUUCCCCUCUCGACAAGAGAGAUUAAGACGAAUUUGGGAACCAACAUACACAUUAAUAUAUGGAGAAGCCCGAGAAGAUGAGAAUAGUGAGGGAGAAUCUCCUGGCGUACAACUUCUAAAUAGACGCAACUCUCGAACCAACAUUUUGACUGAAGCUGGCGGUGGCCCAACCCAAGCUCCAGCCACCUUUACCACUGGCGACCCCUCAGUGGAGGAUGUCCUGCAGCUCUUGCGCCAACUCUAUAUCCUGGCCCAUGAGGACAAGGCACUGCAAGACAAAUCUAUUCAAGCUGUGGAUGCAUUUGGAGUUCGGAGGGAAGAAUUUGAAUCAAAGAAAGUUGGAAAUAAACUUGUUCAGCAGGUUGGGGAAGCAGUUGUUUUGGCUUGUGGUGCGCUGCCCUCCUGGUGUGAAGACCUCACUUAUGCAACGCCAAUGCUCUUCCCAUUUGAAACCAGACAUCUUUACUUUAACUGCACAGCAUUUGGCCCUGAGAGAUCAUUAGUUUGGUUGCAAAGUCAGAGAGAUGCCAGUGUGGAGCGUCGCGGCGGCCUGAGAAGAGAUGACCCUCACGAGUAUCGUGUUGGCCGCCUCAAGCAUGAGCGCGUGACUGUUCCUCGUGGCCCAGACCUCCUUCAGUGGGCUCAGCAGGUGAUGAGAGUGCAUGCCAGUCGCAAAUCCAUACUUGAGGUUGAGUUCCGUGAAGAGGAAGGGACUGGCCUGGGUCCUACGCUUGAGUUUUAUGCUCUUGUUGCUGGUGAGCUGCAGCGAGCUGACCUUGCCAUGUGGCUAUGUGAUGACCAGACAGCUGACCCCAUAACACCUCCAGCUCUUGAUGGAGGAAGUGGAACUGUGGACCUGCAGAAGAGACCACCUGGUUAUUAUAUAUGUCGCCAGGGAGGCCUCUUUCCCUCCCCACUACCCCAGGACAGCAGUAUUUGUGAUAAAGUUGUUGAGCUAUUCCACUUCUUGGGCAUAUUUUUAGCCAAGACUUUACAAGAUAACAGGCUAGUAGACCUGCCAUUGUCACGACCUUUCCUCAAGCUCAUGUGUCAUGGUGAGUUUGCAAAUGUAAAGGACCGGGGCAUAGCAGGCAGCUCCAUCAAGCCACGAGGGGGAUUCAACUCCUUGCCGAUGGAAGAAGACCUCAUGACCUCCUCCAUCAUCAGUGAAGAGAGUGAGAAGGAGCUGGAGUUGGAUCCUCCCAAGUAUCGCGUCUCAGACAUUCAGCCGUGGUUCAGUGGACUGCUGACACUUGAAGAUCUCUGUGAGGUUGACCCUGGGAGAGGAAAGUUUUUGCAGCAGCUCAAAGCCCUUGUGACCAUAAAGCAACAGAUUCUCAGUGACACAAUCCUCUCAGAAGACGACCGCCGACUUCAGCUCCUCAACUUGGCCCUCCCAUCUGCCCCAGAUGCAAAGGGAGCUGAGCAGCCAGCAAUCAGAUUAGAAGAUUUGUGUCUCACUAUGCAGUAUGCUGCUCCUUCCAAGCAUGUUGGUUAUAGUGCAGUGGAGUUACGGUCUGGAGGUGCAGACCAAGAAGUCACGCUUGCUAAUGUGGAGGACUACAUAGAUCUCACUCAGACCUGGGCAUUGGAGGCAGGCAUAAGACGGCAGUUGGAGGCUUUCCGUGCAGGUUUCUCUCAGGUGUUCCCCUUGAAAAAAUUGGGUGCCUUUAGCCCAGAUGAACUGAGACUAAUGUUGUGCGGUGACCAAGCCCCUGUUUGGGGCCGUGAGGAUAUUCUAGCAUAUACUGAACCCAAACUGGGAUACACUAGAGACUCACCAGGGUUCUUGAGACUUGUGAAUAUUUUGGUUGGCCUUACUGCAGAGGAACGCAAGGCUUUCCUGCAGUUCACAACAGGCUGCUCUUCCUUGCCUCCAGGAGGCCUUGCUAACCUGCAUCCCCGACUCACCGUGGUGCGCAAGGUGGAUGCUGGAGAUGGGUCAUACCCAUCAGUCAACACAUGUGUCCAUUACCUUAAAUUGCCAGAUUACUCAUCAGAGAAGAUAAUGAAAGAGAGGCUCCUUGCAGCAACACGGGAGAAGGGCUUCCAUCUUAAUUAAUGUAUGUGGCAAUAUGUAUGAUAGAGUCAGAAGAAAUAUGUACUGGAAAAAUCUAAAAUGUGAAUAAAUUAUUAUUCAUAACUAUUAUAUAUAUAUAUAUAUAUAUAUAUAUAUAUAUAUAUAUAUAUAUAUAUAUAUAUAUAUAUAUAUAUAUAUAUAUAUAUAUAUAUAUAUAUAUAUAUAUAUAUAUCACACACACACACACACACACACACACACACACACACACAACCAUAUUUUUGGUAUAUAAGGCACACUCAAAAUUUUGCUGGUAUUUUUUUCUUUUUACUGGAAAUGUCAUAGAUCAUUUAAGACAAGACAUAUGACAUCAUCAUCCAUUCCACACCCCACAGACCGAUGAGCUCACCAGUGGCUGGUGGUGCAUGGAAGGUGCUGUGUGCAGUGGCACUGGAGCUAACAGCCUGCCAUUGGGUGUACAAGUGGCCACCAGUUUCUUUACAUUCACUGUCUUGCAUCAUCACUGAAUUUUCUUUCUGACUAGUGGUAUUUCAUGUCAUGAUAAUACAAUUGGAAUGUAUUGUAAACAUGGAAAAUUUUCACUAAUAUCUAAAAUAAUCUGGGAAGCAGCUUUGCAGAAUUUUUUUCCUGCUAAUGGGAUGCUACACAUGUGAUGUACAAGCAACCACCAGUUUUCUUGUGUGUCUGGUCACAUGUUGUCACUGACUUUUUUCCCUGACUGGUGUUAUUUUAUAAUAAGAAAGUAAUAUUUACAUUUGUUACCUGAGAAAAAUUGCUAAUAACUAUAAAGUAAUCUGGGAAGCAGUUUAGUAAGGGAAUAAUGCAGUUUAUUUGGGUCGUAUUACAGCUUCAAAACCACCACUUGCCACCAACGCCAAGCCGUCCUUGUGCCUACAGGACAUAAGUGAUUUUCUGAGUGGUUUGGAAAAAGUAGGCUGUAUAUGCCAGUAGAUAUGGUACAUACAUAUUUACAUACUUACAUAAACAUAUGGAAUUAUUUUUCCCAUCAUAAAAAUAUGGAAAUUCAUUUUAAUUACUGAAAAAUUUCAAUCAGAAUGUCUGAAGUACUGAGUCAGGUAUUUGGAAAAAGUAUGUUACACUAUGUGUAAUGUAUGUGCGUUAUUGUGUUAUUAGGCUCUUGACCAUGAAGGAAAUCAGACCUUCAAAAAUUAUCUUAAGUGCAAAUUAUGUUCAUCACAUAAUGUUUGAGGAGUUUAUGAUAUCAAAAUACAAUUUGAAAAGUACAGGUUUCGGUGUUGUCAAGAGAAUUUAAAGUAUUCAGGAAGUGUCCUUUAUCCAUAGCUUGACAUUUUUUAAGCUUAAUUGUGGAAAUGAGAAAAAAAAUGUGUUUACUUUUCUAACUGGUUGAUUCAGAGAUCUUUAUUGUCUAAAGCUGUAGUAGUUUACAAUAUUGCUAAGUUUAUGUGUGUGUAUAUAUAUAUAUAUAUAUAUAUAUAUAUAUAUAUAUAUAUAUAUAUAUAUAUAUAUAUAUAUAUAUAUAUAUAUAUAUAUAUAUAUAUAUAUAUAUAUGACAUCCAGUCAGUAAUUUAGACAAAAUAGGAUAUUUUUUGGGCCACAAAACUGUUGGUACCUAUAUAAAUAUUGUGACUAUCAAAAAGUUAAUUUUCCUAUUGACCCAGUGUAUGAAAUAUGUAAAAACUUGUAAUUGCCUUUAUUUUUCCUCCAUUUUUUUUGUCCUAACAUGUAGUAAUCAUGUGUAGGCUCACCAUGGCCAGUUGUGUUAUGUUGUCACUAUUAGCUUAUGUCUUUCUGUGAUACUGGUGUGAAGGCAUUGCAUAGAAAGCAACAUGUAUAUACUGUAAUAAAAAAAUAAAAAAAACAGGCAUGCCACUGUUAGUCAUAUAUCAAUGUAACCAAUAAAUAUUCAGGAUUUGAAGAGAAGUUUUUCCUGAUAGGUUAGCACUGUCUGGCCACUGUUAUCAGGCCGUUUUAGUGUGUAGCUUCCAUUUCCAGUCUCAGCUCAAGAACUUGUCACGUGAAAACAACAGCAAUGAUCAUGUAGUGCCUUAAAUGUCACCUCCAUCUUUAUAUUGCAUUAAUAAACAUGUAGAAAAUUAUCAGCAUAUAUAGAUGAAGUAGAAAAUUAUGCUGCUGAUUUCAUUGGUCAUAUCAGUGGACCUUUGAUAGUACAUACUUCUCAAUGUAUGGUUUGACUCCCACAGUUCCAAAGCACCAAACUUUUUAAUUGAAGUAAAUAAAAAGCUAUAUAGGCUUCUCUAGGUUGA